AGGUGGGCGGAGGUAGCGGUUGGUGGCGACUGUACCUCUGGCCACUCCCCUGGGCCGUGGCUCGGACUAUUCCCCCAGGCUAGCUGGAGCGCCCAAAGGGUUAGGUGUACUGGCGGGCUUCAGGCGGGUCACUUCGGGCCGAGAUACGCGAGGCAUCCGGCUUCGCCUCUUUGCCUUCGCCUCCGCCACGGAUUUCGUUACUUACGCCGCCGCUCGCCUGGGUCCCUGGAACAGAUCCACGCUCUUCGCGCGUGGAACCGGAGAGCUUUCUUGGCUGUGGUGUUGCGUGGGAAAAAAAUCUUAAAGGAAUUGGAUGAAUAUUAUGAGAAAUUCAAACGAGAGACUGACUCAAUACAGAAGAGGAGAGUUUUACACUGCAUUCAAAGAUCGUUAAUACGGAGCCAGGAACUCGGAGAUGAAAAGAUCCAGAUUGUUAGCCAAAUGGUGGAACUAGUUGAGAAUCGGACCAGGCAAGUUGACAGUCAUGUGGAACUUUUUGAGACUUGUCAAGAGACUAAUGAUACCACUGGCAAUAGUGGCAAAACUAGCCAGGAUAAGUCUAAGAACGAGACAAUCACUCAAGCUGAAAAGCCUAAUAAUAAGCGAUCCAGGCGGCAGCGCAAUAAUGAGAACCGGGAGAAUGCAUCUAAUAAUCACGAUCAUGAUGAUAUCACCUCAGGAACUCCAAAGGAGAAAAAAGCUAAAACUUCAAAGAAAAAGAAGAGAUCCAAGGCCAAAGCAGAGAGGGAGGCCUCCCCUGCAGACCUUCCCAUUGAUCCAAAUGAACCAACAUACUGCUUAUGUAAUCAAGUCUCCUAUGGAGAAAUGAUAGGUUGUGAUAAUGAUGAAUGCCCAAUUGAGUGGUUUCAUUUCUCAUGUGUAGGACUUAAUCAUAAACCAAAGGGCAAAUGGUACUGUCCCAAAUGUAGAGGGGAAAAUGAGAAAACAAUGGACAAAGCACUGGAGAAAUCCAAAAAAGAAAGAGCUUAUAACAGGUAGUUUGUAGACAUUUAUUUUACUAGUGAGGGGAAAAAAUUAAAACCAGUGUAUUUAUUACCUUUACCACCUUCGUGGAGGUACAAGGAUUGUAAAAUGUAUAUUUUUAAAGAAAGUUAGAAAAUAAACCAUUCCUGUUAUAGGGGUGGCAGUGAUUUGUUUGUUUGUUUGUUUGUUUUGUUUUCAUUUGGUACAUCUGAACCAGAAAGUGGUCUGUGGAUCAACAUUUUUUUAAACUCCAAAAAUAGAUUUGGAUAAAGCACCCAAGUGAGUCAAAAGGCUCAAAUUUCUUUUCAUGCCCGGGAAGCACUUAAGCCCAUUAAAAUAUAUAUAAAAGAAAAUAAUUUCAUAAGGCCAAUUUUUUUACAUAAGGGAAAUAUUUACCUUAACAAAAAAAUUGGAAAAUGUUUAGCCAGAUGGCUGUAUUUGAAUAAACAUACAGCCUGCUGCAUUUUUAAAUAACCAAUGUGACAUUAAACACAUGACUCUUGCUACUAUAGUAUGUGUCAGUAUAACAGUUCAAUAACAAAGGUUUAGGGUUAAAAGAUUAUUUUUUAAAAAAGAAAAUGGUUAAAUUUUACAUGACAAUAUUUUAUAUACUGGCCUAGUCCCAAAGGGCCCAUUUUAAAAUGAUUGAGUACAUUUUAUAUUUAACCAGAAAGUGAUCUAGAAGUGGAACUUAAAACACAAAUCAAGCUUUAUACUGUCACAAAUAAUAGUGUAGCAAUCUUUAAUUUGUAUAAGUUGUAUAAAUGUAAAUUUGAGUGGACUUGCACUUACUGUAUUAUAAUCGGAAAUGCAGCCAAUUGCCAUUGUGAAACCAAUGUGCAUUUCCUUCUGUAUGUAUGAAAGUUGUACAGCUGUGAUAUUAAAGAAUAAAUCAAA